AAGAAGUGUUGCUAUAUCCGUCAGUCACGACCCUGCUCAGCAUGUGGCGAUCUACAUGGUUUCUUGCCAAGGCAGUCGGCUUCCAGGCCGGCAACUGUGACAGUGAUUCAUGAGAUAUACAAUAAAAAUACCGGCGAGCCCAGGGUAUGCCAUGCAACGGGAUCCGCAGUCGGGCUAUCACCACAAACAACUUUGCCCGUACCACCUCAGACUGGAGCCUUGGGGAGCAUGUGGUCAGCGGUGCUGGGGGUCAAUGUCACAACCCAUUGACCCACAGUAAAAUUGACCCCAUAUGCAUCGGCCCGGUCUGCGCCAGGCGAGCGUUGAAGAACGUGGACAACGGUUGCGGAUGGAGUCCAAUGGAAUCAAGGCGUGGGUCAGGAUGGGCUGUCCCGGUCGUCCGGACGGGUGAUUCUCGCUGUGGCCAGGAUCGUCGGUGUCCUGAACAUCAGACAACCCUUCCUCGUCUGGAUGGGGUGGUUGCAGGGCGCCCCUGCAGCACACAUACCGGGCCAGACUGUGUGGUCACUGUGAUGAUCCCAAAUGGCGCGAUGCGGCUGGUCCACCCAGCCGAGGAGCAGUAUCUUGGGAUGCACAGCAGCAUGACAAACAGUAAACGUUAUGCGCAGAAGCGAAGGGCUCGCAUGGCCGUACCCUCGUCAAUUUCAACGGGUUGGCGUCAGAAAGAGGACAUGGUGUUCCCGCCACACAGAGAGCAAUGUACGUCUGUACCAUAUACUAGUCGGAGAGUACCUGGACAGUUUUGGCCGAGACCAUUACCAAGAUCAGAUAGAGAGCCUCGGACUGUGUGUACGACAGGACUCCAUCCCGAUUUCGGGGACGGCGACUUGGAGUAUCGUUUUUAAGAGAACAAAUUAGGAUAGAGUGAGUUAAGGCGUAUGCAUAUGACUGCAUCAAGAACCGGUCCGA